CCGCGUUAGCGAGCGGAAGUUUCAAGACAAUUCGUGCGAUAACGUGAAGACGUGUUAUUUAAUCUACCCGCUUUUAAAAUUAUACCUACCUAAUAGCUAUGGCGGAUGAUGUUAUGAGUUACGAUAGUAAGUGUGACGAAAUUCAAGUGUAUGGGGAACAAGAAUUAUGUGUCGUACAAAGUGGCGAGUAUGGAAAUAAUGGGUCUACGCCGAAAAAAGUCGAUAAGAGGCCGCGGGAGACCGAAGACAGUAGUGAGGAUGGAUUUACAACGGUGGCGAGAAGAAAAUCAAAGAGACAUAUUAGAACUGAGUCUUAUGAAAACGACAGGUCAUUCAGUGAAAAUAACGAAAACAUGAGCGGUACUUAUUAUGAAGUGAGUUUAUUUGGAUUACAAAUUCUUCCAAAACAGAUGGCUUUUGCUAGGUUGUUAAGAGACGAAAAUAUUUCUAAUGUGCUUAAAAUAAAGUAUAAAAGUCCAUAUAAAAUAUUUAUUCAAUUUAGUGAUAAAAAUCAAGCCGAAAAAUUUAUGAAUUUGAAAAAACUAACAGAGUUGGAUAUAAGAGCUCAGUUUACAAAUCAAGGUAAUUUGUCUUACGGGAUUAUUAAGGGAGUUGACGUAGGUACAAGCGAAAAGGAGUUGCUUGAAAAUUUUAAGUGUGACUAUGAUAUAAUUUCAGCUAGACGAUUGAAACGUGUAAAUAAGGAGGGUAAGUGGGUUGAAAGCGAAACUGUGAGAUUAUGCUUUAAAAACCCCUUUGCGCCGUUAUCGAUAUAUGCAUAUGGAUUUAAAUUUGACGUCGAACGAUUUGAGUUUCCGGUGUCAAGAUGCUCUGGGUGCUGGUCUUUUGGACACAUUAAGAGAUUUUGUAAGUUAAAUAAGAAUAUUUGCCCGAAAUGUGGUGGAGCUCAUGAUAAUUGUGAAAUCAAAGAAUAUAAAUGUAUUAAUUGUAAAGGUCCGCACAUGGCUCUAGACAAGUCUUGCCCCUUUUUUAGAAAAGAAAAAAAGAUUCGAUUUAUAAUGAGUGAGAAUAAUGUUACGUACAAAACAGCGCUAGAGAUAUAUUUGAAAAAUCAAAAAGAAGAGAAGGCAAACAAUUCGAGAGAGGAAGUUGAUAUAGAUCUUGACAGAAGCAAUACAGUUCCGGUAUCAGAGAGUACAACGGCUAGAAGUUACAGUAGCGUGCUGAAAACGACAGCUAUAGUACAUGGAAAGGAAAAGAAGGAUGAGCAAUCAGAUAAUAUAAUAAUAAAUGAAAACCAAAAUAAGGACAAAAAGAAAAAGAGAGUUAAGAAAACUGAUAACAUGAAUAAUAGUGAAUCUCAGAACGAGAGAAUGGAUUAUGAUGGAAGUCAGGAAAGUGAUCAAGAUACACAAGAUGAAUCUACAGAAAAAGCGAGGACAAGAAAACGAAAUAGAUUUGAUUUUUGGAAGCUGUUUAAUAGAAUUAAGGAGAUUGUAUUAUCUGAAGAAAAUUGGUGUGAUAAAGUGAUGUUAGUGGUAAGAGCUGUUUUUGAAGAGUGUAAGUUGUUUUUAGUUAAUUUUUUGAGUGAAGGAAAAUUGUAUGACGUUUUUUCAAAGUUUCUUUUUAAUGGCUAAGGAAUUUUACUUAAAUAUUAUUCAGUGGAAUGCACAAAGUUUGAAACCUAAGUUAUUAAUGUUAGAUAAUUUAUUACAUCAAGAAAAAAUACAUAUAGCUGUUAUUUCUGAAACGUGGUUGGAUGCAGACACUGCACUCCAUAUUAGUGGAUAUAAUAUUUAUCGAAAAGAUCGUCAUGAUUCGUAUGGAGGGGUUGCCAUUGUUGUACAUAAGUCUAUCAGAUCGCAUGUUAGCUCUGUUGAUUCCAUUAAUCCAGGAAUAGAGGCUAUUCGCAUAAAAAUUUUAAACUGUAAAAAUUUGGAAUAUGUUGUAUCUAUUUAUUGCCCUUCUUCUAUUCAAACCCGUCAAUCAGAUUGGGAUAAUAUUUUUUCAGUAAUAACUAGAAAGACGCUUAUAUUAGGCGAUUUUAAUGGCCAUCAUUCGAACUGGUCAAAUAAAACAGACCAAAGAGGAGUACAUUUAUUUGACUCAGCACUUGAAAGUGGGUUCAUAUCACUAAAUAACGGAGAUGCCACCAGAGUCAAAUUAGUAAACGGUGUUCUACAAAGAUCGGCUCCUGACAUAAGUUUUGCAUCGUCAGAUAUAGCUGUAAACUUCAAUUGGCAGGUUUUUAACGAAAAUUUAGGAAGUGACCAUCUUUUAAUUAAAAUGUCGACAAGUUAUCAAGAUAAUAUAAACAUCUCUAAAAAACUUAAUUUU